AUCGACUUGCUCCUGCUCCCCUCACCGUCCUGGACUACGGUAGAAUGCGGAGUGCGUGUAAGAUGCUCUGAACUUUGCUCCUUGCCCAUCAGCUCUUCGGCCCUGUACAGGCUAUAUUCUUCCUAGCAGCUGCACCAUGAACACAUCCCCAGGCACAGUGGGCAGUGACCCGGUCAUUUUGGCUACCGCGGGCUAUGACCACACUGUGCGGUUCUGGCAGGCCCACAGUGGAAUCUGCACUCGCACUGUGCAGCACCAGGACUCCCAGGUGAAUGCAUUGGAGAUCACCCCAGAUCGCAGCAUGAUUGCUGCUGCAGGUUACCAGCACAUCCGCAUGUAUGAUCUCAACUCCAAUAACCCCAAUCCCAUCAUCAGCUAUGACGGAGUAAAUAAGAACAUAGCAUCUGUGGGCUUUCAUGAGGACGGCCGCUGGAUGUACACAGGCGGGGAGGACUGCACAGCUCGAAUCUGGGAUCUCAGGUCUCGGAACCUGCAGUGUCAGCGGAUCUUCCAGGUGAAUGCACCCAUUAACUGUGUGUGCCUGCACCCCAACCAGGCAGAGCUCAUCGUGGGUGACCAGAGCGGUGCUAUCCACAUCUGGGAUCUGAAAACAGAUCACAAUGAGCAGCUGAUCCCUGAACCUGAGGUCUCCAUCACAUCUGCCCACAUUGACCCUGAUGCUAGCUACAUGGCAGCAGUCAAUAGCACUGGAAACUGUUACGUCUGGAAUCUGACAGGGGGCAUUGGUGAUGAAGUGACCCAGCUCAUCCCCAAGACCAAGAUACCAGCUCAUACACGCUAUGCCCUGCAGUGCCGCUUCAGCCCUGAUUCCACGCUCCUUGCCACCUGCUCAGCUGACCAGACAUGCAAGAUUUGGAGGACAUCCAACUUCUCCCUGAUGACAGAGCUCAGCAUCAAGAGCAGCAAUCCUGGGGAGUCAUCUCGAGGUUGGAUGUGGGGCUGUGCCUUCUCAGGGGACUCUCAGUACAUUGUUACAGCUUCCUCUGACAACCUGGCCCGGCUCUGGUGUGUGGAGACUGGAGAGAUUAAGAGAGAGUAUGGUGGCCACCAGAAAGCUGUCGUCUGCUUGGCGUUCAAUGACAGUGUACUUGGCUAGCCCUUGCCCCUCAGGAUCACAGGCAGCAACUGGGCAGCUGGGACUGCCUGGUGCAGUGGCUGUAGCUUGUUGGACCUGUAUACUACUCAGGUCAGAGUAAAACUCUGAGACUAGCCUUUGCUCACCAUGCUAGCUGGACUGACUGGGCUACCCCUCCCUCUUGCCAGGCCUGCCCAAUUGCCCACUGACUCAGGACGUACAUCCCUGGGCUUGGAGAGCCUGCACUCCCUUCCGGGAUGUGGGACUUAUGGGGUUUAGAGUUUCUGAGAGGACCCAAGCUGGUGCCCACCUGCCAAGUCAUGUUCCUCCUCCCUCUCCUUCUCCUUUCUGCCCCUGUUCAGGGCCCAAGGACCCAGAGACCAUGGCCAGGUGGAAUUGUUUAUUAGUCCCUGUCAGCAGCUGCCCUCCAGGUGCUGGUGACACAGCCAACUUAACUAGCCUGUGGGACCAUGGGUAGUCCAUGGGGCAGUGGCCAGGCUGGGCCAGGCAGAGGGCUUAGUCUGGGAGGUAAUAAAAGCAGACAGACACACAGAUGUUGCUUGGGAAGCAGAUGUCAAUGCAGAGAUAGAUCAGCCGCUGCCUCUGGGGCCCUGGGUGGGAGGGAGACUCAUGAAUUUCCAAAGCACUCCUAUGUAGUUCUGUAGAUUGUUCUGCAGGAGCCACACAGCCCCUCCACACAUCUUGCCCCAACUCACCCUCAGCUUGACGGGCCCAGUAGAUGGGGGUCUUUGCACAAAGGUGCUGCACUGAAGCCCCCACCUGGGCAGGAUCCACAGUGUGGCUCCCAAGCACUGCCAGCAGCUCCUGGGCAUGGUGGGUGUCAUGACCUUGGCUGAGGGACCCUUGGGCCUGCAGAAAGGCUUUGGUGGGCUAUGGCAUGGAGGUUUCCCUCCUGGCUGGGCAGGUACUCACAUCCCACACCCACCUGCCAGCCCCACCUUCUACUUUUGUCAGCAGCCUCAGCUAAGGGAAGAUAGAGCUUUCUGUUUCCCUGAAACCAGAGCCCCAGCUGGGCUGCACACAGGACCCUUUGUCUGGCCCCUGGCCUGGUGGUGGAACCAUGCUCUGCUCACCCUGGAGGUGUUCAUCAGCAGCUGCAGGGUUUCCCGAUCUCGGGCCUCCAUCAGGCGGAGAAAGCAGGCCUGGUGCUCUGCAGGGCGGUAACAGAUGCAGCCCUGGGGAGGCAGGUGGGUGAGGCAGGGCCACCCCAGCACCUGUGGAUUGAUUCCCUCCCCACCCACUCACGCUCUGCCCGUCGAACAGCACUGCCCAGCUGCGGUUGCUCUGAGGUGGAGUCACUAUAAUGGUUGCCAUAUUCUGGGCCACGUCCACGAUGGUGGUUUGAUUGGACCAGGGCACUUGGGGGCUUGGGAAGGUCAGCCGGAGCAUCUGCAGCAAUGGCUGAGAAUGGGAAGUGGGAGUUCAGCUGGGCAGGCUGAGCAGCCCCAUAGGCCCCUAUCCCUGGGCUGCAGCAUUUCAACAUCAUGUGAAUGGGCCUCUCCACCCUCUGGUACUCUGCUCUAAGGCCAGUAUUAGGGCCUACUUUGGGUCCUGGCUCCACUGGAAGACCAACCUCCCUGACCCCUUCCCUCUGCCCAUGUCCCUGGGCCUCAGGUGGGGCUCACCUUGGAAGGGCUAUGAGCAAACCCAAGAAGCCCUCCGGCCACAGCCCCUGCAGUAGCCAGUGCCAGCAGCAGUAACAGCAGGCUUGCAGCUCUCCAGCCCCAGUGGCAGGGCUUGGUCUUCACCUGGGGGCAUACUGCAGUCAGUGAGGCUAUUGAGUUAGAGACCAGGGAGCAGGUUUGCUUAGGGAAAAGAGGGGAUAAGGUGGGGUAGGUGGUGGUACUCCUGUCCCCUACCCUGGACAUCCCC